UUUCUGCUCAGUACUCGACAGAGAGGGACUCGUCUCUAAAUGUUUUUCUUAUUGUUUGUAACUCGGAAACUCGGUUUGCCGUUGAUUAGCAGAUGCCUCUUCUGCACGUUAGUGCAGGUGAAGUUACAAACUGUUAAUAUUAAUUAUUGUAAGGCGUGUCUCUGUGCUGACCUUGAACAUUCAGGCGAAGUUUGAUUAGCGUUUUCCUCAUUCUCAGUGCGUUAAUAUGCACUACCUGACAGACCGGCUGGGUGAGUUUGAGAUCCUUCAACAUUAAUGCGCCUGCAAACGGAUAAAACAACAGGAUCAUGGCUGGGAACAACUGCGCAGUGUUUCUGGUGCUCCUGACAUUUACGUGGACUUUAACCGGAGGAGAUACCGAUGUGUCCUGCAUUUUCAUGGAGACCUGCAUGCUGCCAUGCAGCUCUGAGGGAGCCACUGCAGUCAUCAUCCACUGGUUCCAGCAAUCAGCAGGAAACCGUUUUGUUCAUUCAUUCUAUGAAGGCAAAGACCAGCUUGGACUGCAGAACCAGCGCUUCAGAGGCAGGACGUCACUGUUCAGCGACCAGAUCUCCUCAGGAAACGCCUCACUCCUGCUGACAAAGGUGGAGGUUCAGGAUGAAGGGAGAUACAAGUGCUACACCAGCACUGAAAAUGGAGUCAAAGAAUCAUUUAUCAAUUUAAAAAUGGAUGCUCCAGUCCAUGAAGUCGACAUUCAGCGGGAAGGAAACACACUCACCUGUUGCUCAGAGGGGAUCUACCCUGAGCCUGAGCUCACCUGGUCCACCAGUCCUCCCUCCAAUGUGAACAGCAAGUGCAACACCAGGAUGCAGGAGACUGAGCAACACCUGUACAACAUCAAUAGCUCUGUGACACCUUCAGACAGCGAAGCUGAUCUGACCUUCAGCUGCACCAUCAGCACUCGCCGUAGCAAGAGGAGUGUAACUUGGUCCUCCACCUCAUCUAAACAAAGUAAUUCAGGAGCUACUGUAGCAGGGGUGAUUGCAGGCAUUGUGAUUACAGGGGCAGUAGCAGCAGUAGGCUUCGUGCUGUAUAAGCACAGAAAGUCGAUUCUUCAGAGCAACACCAACAAAACACAUGCUGACACUGAACUUAAGGUGGAGCUGAAUAGAAGCUCUGCCACGGAACAUCUGGCAGACCCCAAGCAGACCCCAGCAGCUCUGCUUCAGCCCUGCACUGAACCCUGCUGAGUGUUGGAUCUCUGCUCAGUAAAGCAAAAACUUUCAUAAGUGAAAAACCUGCUGAAAACGACAUUCAAAUGAGUUACUUAGUUACUCAUACGUGCACUGAGGAGCAAGGACACUUUUUUUUAAAUUCUGUUUUCGUCUAUGCUGAUUCUUGGUCAUAACCCAAAUAUUUUGAUAUGCCUCCUUCUGGACCUUUGAUUUUUGGUUGUGCAACACAAAGAAGAAUGUUGCAAAGAAGAAGAGUCUCAGUCACAGAGGCAGCUUUGAUUUGUUUGUCAAAAACUGCUGAUAAACUUGAGUUUAGCUUCUAGCUGGUAGCUUUUCAACAUGUGUUCUUCUACUGUGGAACGAAAAAAUUAUAUUAAGCACUGCAGACAGUUUUAGAUGAUGUGAGAGAUACUUUUUUUUCUUGUUAUUUGUGUUUACAUAUGAUUGAUUUGUUUUAUGCAGUUUAACAUAAAUGUAAAUGUCUGAAACUGACAUCCUGCACAGUGUUUACAGCUACCAACUAUUUUCAGUCCUGAAUGGGCUGAGAUGAGGGACCGUUUAAUUUAAGUGCAGCAGACAUCAUUUCAAACUUCAGAGAUGAUCAAGUUUGCAGCUGUUGUUUGAGUCAUCUGGCAUUUAAUAAACACAGAGGGGAGACCGUCAAGCUGCUGGAAGAACCACGCAGAACAUCUUAAGGUGGAUUUGUACUGUAUUGUAGUAAAAAUACACUGUCACCAGGACAGGAUCUCACCUGCUGUGUCUCGGAGGGCAGCUAAAAAUAAAAGGUGGGUGAGAGAAAGACCUGAGGAGUGUAGAGGAAUUUCUUUUAUUCAUGUAUUAUUUUACUGUAUAAUGCCUUGGUGCCACUGGGUUUUAGUAUGGCUCAAUGUCUCACACAUUCAUGCCAUUAAACAGCCGGGUGAUUGUUGGUGGAAGCAGACAAAUCCACAGGAAGAGUCUUUUUGUCUCUUCAACAACUGUGAGAGGUAGCAAGGGAGUGUGAACCUUUCUUUGGGGGAAAGGCCGAUGGUCUGAAGCAGCCAUGUCCUGCUUUUUGUUCCUGUAGGAGGUAUUUAACCCAGGGCCAUGCUGGGCUCAGGGAGAGACACUGCUGACUGUCUGCCCCAGCGAUGGCUUCUCUCACCAAGCUUGGCUUUUUGAUCUUUUUUUGAUUAAAGGAUGUUAGCUACCACCCACCGUUUGUCUGCAGGCUUUAUUAAAUGGAAACUUCCACAACAGGAGCAGCAACUAGUAACUCGUAGGUUUCUUUGUGUCUUUUCAAAUGCUGCCAUCUCGAAAAUGAAUGUUUUGUGUGUAUGUGUGUAUAUAAUGCAUAAGAAACUUAACUAAAUAAACUACUUGACUAAAAUA